AUGAGCGGGAACGAUGCGGCGAAGACAGCUAAAAUAGCGGUGUGGUGGGACAUGAAGGACUGUCGGAUUCCCGGGGGUAUUGAUGCUCAUCGUGUCCGUCCAUGUAUAGAAGGUGGGUUCAAGGAACUUGGCUACUCUGGUCCUGUCUCAAUCACUGCCUAUGGAGACCAAACACAAACCUCUGAGUACCUCCUGCGAGCUCUCUCUUCCACUGGAGUCGACGUGGUACAUAUCAAAUCUGAAAGCACGUGCGCAGUCAUGUAUGAUCAUAUGGUGAAAUGGCCAGAAGAUAAUCCUCCUCCGGCUACAAUGAUGAUCAUAACCAAUCAGAUGCUAGAAGUCUUCAAUUGGGAUCUGGCCCGGCUUCAACAACGCACGAGUUACAACCUUUUUCUGGCUUAUUCAGUUAGGCCUUGCGCAGUAUUGUCGCUGGCCACUUGCAAAGAGUGGCUCUGGGAAGAUUUACUACUUGGGACUACGUCUACAAGCGGUGCAGACACGGAGGUUUUACACCCUCAGCCUACAGAACUCUAUUCUGUAACGAGCACGUGGGGAAAGAACUACCCUGCGACGCCUGAAUAUGCGACAGCUAAAAUCCAUGUGUGUUGGGACAUGUAUGACUGUCCUAUUCCCGACGGUUAUGAUCCUCGUCGGAUCCGUCCCAGUUUGGAAGGAGCUUUCAAGAAACUAGGCUACUCUGGUGCUGUCUCCAUCAUUGCCUUUGGUGACCAUAAACAAACCCCUCAAGGCCACCUUCAAGCCCUCUCUUCCACUGGAAUCGAUGUUGCACAUGCCAUUCCGGACAGAAUAUACUCGCGCAUGUAUGAUGAUUUGAUGGAAUGGGAAAAAGACAAUCCUGCUCCGGCUACAAUGAUGAUCAUAUCUGAUGAGGCUGAAUAUGUCUUUGGAGAUAGUCUUGCUAGGGCACAACAACGAAAGAAGAAAUACAACCUUUUUUGGGCUUAUUCUUUUAGGCCACGGGAAAUGUCAGUCAUGCUCACUUCUGCCGAGUGGCUCUGGGAUUGCUUACUUGCAGGAAGAUUAUCUUUCCGAAAGAGCAAACGGUUGAAGAUAGCUGGUUGUGACUGA